AGCACCAAAAAUGUAGUUUUGGUCUGUCGUUUAUUUUGGUCUGUCCACAAGCUAAGUAUCCUAUUUUCUUCCUUCAAACUUUACGUCAGAUUUGCGAUGCGCGCACAAAUGUUUCUGAGUAGUGGACCACGAGAAAGAAGGCGCAGCGCACCGGCCAAACCACCAUCAUCGCUUUGGUGUCAUUUUUGCUUCGUUGCCCUGGCCGUUAUUAGUCGUCGCCACCCAUCGGCGCUUGCUCUCGCGACAACGACGAAAGCGAAAAAGACACAGCCGCUGGAUCUAGGCGCAGUCUUGACGUUGCGGGACUUUUCUUACCACGAUGAAGACAUGGGCAGCGGCGAGGCCGUCCCACCUCUCGUCGCUAAAAACACUAAGCUGCGUCAGGAUCUUCAGGCGGCGGCUGCCGACAGUAUACCUGCCGAGGCGAUCAUUGGGCUCUCAUCCGCAAAGCAACCAAAUCAGUCCCAGCUCAAUGGUGCAACGAUUACACGACCAGAAAGGUACUAUGAGAAACGGUUCUUCCUCGAUGGCAGUGCGGUUUCGGGACCUGCUGCGGCUUUGUCAUCCCCCGAAGAUGAAAAUAAAGACGAAAAAACUGUUGGAGCAGGCGAAACUACAAUGUCGGAAAAUUCCCUCCUCCCUCCACAGCUAAAGCGCGGCAGCUUUGACGACAAUGUGCUUUCGUUGAUCCGGCAAUUUUCGAAAUUCCGCUUUCGGAAGGACACAAUCGAAGACACGGAAAGCACCAGCAGCAGUGAUGAAAUCGAAAUCCAGCAGACAGACGUGCCAGCAGCAGCAGCGCGACCAGAUGAAGCCGUGGCGCCUCGCCCGCCACUGGGAAUAAGGGAAGAUGAUUCUCAAUCGACUUCCGACGGUGUAUUUGCGCCGCCGCCGCGUCGUGUUGAGAGCACAACAGGAAAUGGCACAUCGGAAGCAGCAGCAGCAGCUAGGAUUGCUAGCGGACUACAUUAUGCCGGAGUACCUUCAAGAGAAAGAGGCAACGAGCAGGAUCGUGCUCGCGGCGUUGCCCCCGCCAGCGGUAGUGUUUCCACUGCAUCCACCGAGAGUGGCGGUAAAAGAACCAAGAGCAAUUCUUCCACGGACCGCGGCUGCGUUUCCGGCUACUAUCCGUUUCUCUUUGAUGAUCUGUUCGAUAAAAAGUUGUACGCGGCUAGCCGCGCCCGGGCGCACGCUCGGAACGAAGCCAGAGUGCAGCAGCGGCAAAAUGCGGAGCUACUUCACUGGCCGAGAAACCAUUACGGUAAUCUGAUGACGCAUGAUCAUCUUCAUCUGCGCAACCAAGACCUGGGGCCAGCGGGCCCGGAACUCACUACUAAUCCGCUAGUGCAUCCAACUGGCAAACCUCAAGCGAUGUUUGACGAGCUCGAGGACACAUAUUGGGUAAAAAGCCGCAACGGGGGUGUAACCUCCUCGCCCUCUUCGCCCAGCAGUGGUGGCACCGCUUCUACUGCCGACGGCCGUGAGCAGAUUACCCUGGAGCCGCGCUGGCCUUCGUAUGUGCUGUGGCGCGGCAAAGAAUACCACGCGGCGUCGAACCACGGGAUAUCUUCCUUUCUGUUGCCAAAGGGCUUCCAAUUCUUUAGUACCAAUGGUAAAAAUCAUGGGGACCAUGCCUUUUGCAACAGGCGGAUGAGUACUAUUACGGCUACGAACACGACUUCGUCGGAAACAGUAUCUACGGCUUCUACUUGCAUUGCAUCUUCCACUACUGCUGCGCAUUAUGGACGAGGACCAGAUGCUGGCUGCGGGGGGGUGAAGAGGAACACGUGUAGUGAAGAAAUUGAACAAGGCCCGACGAGCAGCGUCGACCACGCGCAGAGAUCGUCCUCGUCCUCGUCGUCAUCCAGCUCUUGUGCGGUCGAAAGCCUGUCCCGACAGCAGCCUACAUUGCUCACCCACAGCAGCAGGCAACCACACGAGGAUCCCGCAACGUCCUGGGACAAAACCGAUCCUCGCUGCGCGUUCCACCGGCCCAGAGGCGUGCCUCCGCCCGAGUCCGCGGAAUGCGACGGCAUCGAGUCGACCUUCUACUUUCGUCGACAGCGCGAGCUGAAGCGGUGGACGCGAUCCGAAGACCAAGUGUCGGUGCACCGGGUCUUGACGGGGCGGUUUCUGGCGAAGUGGAUCGGAAGGGAGCUGUUGCGGCGCAAAGCGAGACAAGGGGCAGAUGAGGGUGGCCCCGUGGAAGCACCACGGUGCGGAAGUGGUGGGCGAUGUACUGUGCCUGCAUUUUCUUCUUGUGAAGGAAGAACAAAUGGAGCUACUGGGGGAAGUCGUGAAACAACAACAAGCCACGACGAGGCAAAAACUUAUAGCGCACAUCAGAACGAUGGGACGUCGCAGGAGACCACGCUGGAGCGAACCUAUGUCUGGUUGCAGAAGUACCAUCGGCGAACCGCGUUCCAAAUAACGCUGAAUUUAUUUCGCCACGCUGCUCAGGGUCACCACGGUAGGGAUCACAACAUCAACUCACCACUCGCGGGCUUCACAGAGGAAAUCCGAUUCACGCCCUCGUCGACGGCGGAAAGAGGUACCGACGUGCCGGAGGUAAAACACUUGCGCCGCACUGGCGGACUGCCGAUACCCAUGCGGACUGGAUCUUCACUCGAGCGACGGAACAGCAAAGCAGGAAGCACGAGGACGAGAACAACGGCGAAUGAUGGUGCACAUGCCGCGGACGAGUAUUUCAGUGUUUUUUGGCACGUCAAGGCGGAAAAUCCUCUCGAAAGCGAGAUGACGAUUUUUCUGUCUUCAAACCGAGCCGACCGCGUUUUUGACGGUUCACCGCGAUGGACCACCACCGCGGCAGCCAGUGCGGGGCUCGCAGCGAGAGAUUCAAAGAACGGUAUAGAAGAAACGACAAGGAACUACGGGGGACUACCGGGGAACAGCUGCGAAUACGAGCUCUAUUGCGACGGCCAGGACUUGUUCGAAAGCCACCAAAGGGACGAGGGAGAGGCUAAUGGGUCCUACAACUCCCCAGCAGCGUCAUCUUCGGGAGGCCGUUCUACUACCUGUAGCGUGCCUGGCUCCUCUCCUCCAUUACCUUCUUCGAUGACGCCCAGCUCUCGCGGCAGUCCCUCGUCGUCGGCGGGUUCCCCUCGUCGAAUAAAUUAUGGUGACGCAGCUUCGUCGCGAAGCAGCACCGCCACGCGACCCUCUGGUCGCUCCAGCGCAACGGCGAGUCCCAGCUCCAGCCCCAACGCCACACCACCCGGGAGCCCGGGAACUGCGACGCCGGUGCUGGCCUGCUACGCCGGACGGAGGCGGUCGCCGCAUUCCCUGCUUCGAUCGCUAUUUUUUCGCGGCGGGGGCUGUUUCGGGGGCGGGCUUUGAAAAGUCCUCCAAAUGCAUGCGUGUGAAAUGCCUGGUAGCUAGAUAUUAUUGAAUUUUUUCAAGCAAAAGAAAACGAAACUCUCUGUAUGUCUUCAUUUUUCAGCAGCUUUAGUAUUGGUUUUCACGGACUCUAUCCUUGUCUCCGCAGGAUGUAGUACUCCUACAUCUAGCGACAUGACGAUACGAAGUGUAAAAGCUUCGUAUAUUUUUGCGUUUAUGUAACAAGUUGGUUCAAGUACAAGUUCUUUAGGUCAACAUUGUGUAAGAACAUUCAUUGGUGUCAACAAUUGUCGUAUGCGAGUUGUAGAUUUCACACAGAAGAAGAGAGACAAGCAUGAUGUCAAUUCAACUUUUGGUCAGAUGUUGUAGCAAAGUAAGCCUAGACUGCAAAAUGAAAAGACUGGAAGAGAUUAUUC